UGCCGUCUCGGGUCGGGCCGGCGGCGUCGGGGAAGCGGGGCGCGGCCGCCCGCCGCCUUGGCGCCGCCCCGCCUGACAUCAGUUCCUGCGGGCGCGCGGCCCGCGGCCUCCUUCCCGGCCGCGCGGCGAGGGCGGCGGGCGGCGAGCCGGGGCCGGGCGAGGCGAGGCGAGGCGAGGGCCGGGCGGCGGGCGCCGGGCCCCGCGGCCGGCACCACGGAGCCCCCGCACGGCCGGCGGCAGCGGUUGGCGGCGGCCCCGGGGCCCCGGCGCGGGAAGCGGCGGCGGCGCGGCGGCGGCGGCGGCGCCAUGGAGCCGCGGGAGGUGAAGGACCGGAUCCUGGAGAACAUCUCGCAGUCGGUGAAGAAGCUGCAAAGCUACUUUGCUGCGUGUGAGGAUGAGACCCCUGCCAUCCGGAACCACGACAAGGUCUUGCAGCGUCUGUGUGAGCACCUGGACCACGCCCUGCUGUAUGGGCUGCAAGACCUCUCAUCUGGCUACUGGGUGCUCGUGGUGCAUUUCACCCGGAAAGAGGCCAUCAAACAGAUCGAGGUUCUACAGCACGUGGCCACCAACCUGGGGCGCAGCCGGGCCUGGCUCUACCUGGCCCUCAACGAGAACUCUCUGGAGAGCUACCUGCGGCUGUUCCAGGAGAACCUGGCUCUGCUGCACAAGUACUACGUCAAGAACGCCCUGGUCUGCAGCCACGAUCACCUGACCCUCUUCCUGACCUUGGUCUCUGGGCUGGAGUUCAUUCGAUUCGAUCUGGAUCUGGACGCCCCUUACUUAGACUUGGCCCCCUACAUGCCCGACUACUAUAAACCCCAGUACCUGCUGGACUUUGAAGAUCGCCUUCCCAGCUCCAUCCACGGCUCGGACAGCUUGUCCCUCAACUCCUUCAACUCGGCCACCUCCACCAACCUGGAGUGGGACGACAGUGCGAUUGCCCCGUCCAGUGAGGAUUAUGAUUUUGGAGAUGUGUUUCCGGCAGUGCCGUCUGUCCCCAGCACAGACUGGGAAGAUGGAGACCUCACCGACACCAUCAGCGGCCCCCGCUCCACCGCCUCAGACCUAACCAGCGGCAAGGCCUCCACCAAGAGCCCCACCCAGCGCCACAACCCCUUCAACGAGGGCCAGGCGGACACGGUGUCCUCCUCGGACACCACCCCCGUGCACGCUGCCUCGCAGGAAAAGGCAGAGCCCCGCACCCCAAGCCCGCCAGACACCUGCACCGAGCUGGAAGUCAUCAGGGUCACCAAGAAGAAGAAGACUGGCAAAAAGAAGAAGAUGAGAGUGGACGAGGAAGCCAGCCCGCUCCACCUCUCCUCCAGCCAGCACGCCGCUGCCAGGCAGCAGGAAGGCCCCGGCGUGGGGCAGGGCCCCCCGGACGGCCCCUCGGCUUCCCCCCGGAACGAGGCAGCAGGGCCCGGCAGCACGACCGAGAGCAGCGAGCCCUCGGAGCCCGGCCCGGUGGGCCUGCUCAUCCCCGCCAUGAAGGACACCUCCAUGGAGUGCCUGGGCCAGCCCCUGAGUAAGGUCAUUGCGCAGCUCAACGGGCAGCUGGACCCCAGCACCUGGGGCUCCGGAGCAGAACCCCCCGACCAGUCCUUUCGGACCGGCUCUCCCGGGGAAGCCCCGGAGAGGCCGCCAUCGUGCGACUUUAGCGAGGGGCUCCCCGCCCCCAUGGACUUCUACCGCUUUACCGUCGAGAGUCCAGGCUCUGUCACAGCAGGUGGCGGCCACCAUGACCCUGCAGGGCCUGGCCAACCGCCGCAUGUUCCUGGUCGCCCUACGGCUGCUGGCCCAGAAGAAGAGGGAGGAGGAGGAGGAGACAGAGCACAGCCGCACCCCCCGCCCCUAGACGACCCCUCAGGUGCUGUCCCAGAGCCGGACACCCGGGAACUGGACACCUCGCCCGGACACCCAGUUGGGGAGGGCCCCGUGCUGGACCUGGAACCCGAAGCCCAGCUCACGAGAGAGCAGCCCAGCCCCUGCCCGAGCAGUGCGGAGGACUCGGGGGUGGAGGAGGGCCAGGGGAGCCCCUCGGAGGUGACCCACGCGGCAGAGUUCAGGGUAGACAACAAUCACUUACUCCUGCUGAUGAUCCACGUGUUUCGGGAAAAUGAAGAGCAGCUCUUCAAAAUGAUCCGGAUGAGCACGGGGCACAUGGAAGGCAACCUGCAGCUGCUGUACGUGCUGCUCACAGACUGCUAUGUCUACUUGCUCCGGAAAGGGGCCACCGAGAAGCCCUAUCUGGUGGAAGAGGCCAUCUCUUACAAUGAACUGGACUAUGUGUCGGUGGGCCUGGACCAGCAGACCGUGAAGCUGGUGUGCACCAACCGCAGGAAGCAGUUUCUGCUGGACACGGCCGACGUGAGCCUGGCUGAGUUCUUCUUGGCGUCUCUGAAGUCAGCCAUGAUCAAAGGCUGCCGGGAGCCACCCUACCCCAGCAUCCUAACUGAUGCCACCAUGGAGAAGCUGGCACUGGCCAAGUUUGUGGCCCAGGAGUCUAGAUGUGAGGCCACCGCCGUCACUGUGUGCUUCUACGGGCUGGUGCACUGGGAGGACCCCACGGAUGAAUGCAUGGGCCCGGCCGCCUGCCACUGCACAGCCCCCGAGGGUGGCAUCACCAAAGAAGGCAUGCUACAUUACAAGGCGGGCACCUCCUACCUGGGCAAGGAGCACUGGAAACCCUGCUUUGUGGUGCUCAGCAAUGGGAUCCUCUACCAGUACCCCGACCGCACGGACGUCACCCCGCUGCUCUCGGUGAACAUGGGGGGGGAGCAGUGCGGUGGCUGUCGGAGAUCCAACACCACGGACCGGCCCCACGCCUUCCAGGUCAUCCUUGCCGACCGGCCGUGCCUGGAGCUGAGUGCGGGCAGCGAGGCUGAGAUGGCCGACUGGAUGCAGCACCUGUGCCAGGCCGUGUCGAAAGGGGCCAUCCCCCAGGGCGUGGCCCCCAGCCCCUGCAUCCCCUGCUGCCUGGUCGUCACCGCGGACCGCCUCUUCACGUGCCACGAGGAUUGCCAGACCAGCUUCUUCCGCUCGCUGGGCACCGCCAGGCUGGCAGACAUCAGCACCGUCUCCACAGAUCCAGGCAGGGAGUACUGUGUCUUGGAUUUCUCCCAGGACAGCCAGCAGCCCCUGCCUCCCUGGGUCCUCUACCUGAGCUGCACAGCCGAGCUGGACAGAUUCCUGUCCACACUGAACACGGGCUGGAAAACCAUCUACCAGGUGGACCUGCCCCACAAGGCCCUGCAGGAGGCCUCCCACAAGAAGUUCGAGGAUGCUCUGAGCCUCAUCCACAGCGCCUGGCAGCGGAGCGACAGCCUGUGCCGCGGCCGAGCCUCCCGGGACCCCUGGUGCUGAGGCCGAGCCACCCGUGCAGACGCGCCGCAGCAUCCCCGUGUGUGGCGGGAGGGGCCCACAAGCAGCCCCGGCCUCACGGCCUCACUGUACUGCCCGGGGACUGGCCGCUGGCCCGCUCAACACCCCAUGCCGCCGUCCUGGGCAGCAGGACCAUCGAGGGGGCUUGAGCCCAGGGUCCAGGGAUCCUGUGGGGGCACCUGCCUGGCAGCUGGUGGCCGGAGACGUUCAGGGAGCAGAAGGGCUGAGCCCUGUGGGCUCUGCUGGUGCCCGGCUGCGUCCGGGAGUGUGCCAGCGCCGCAGGAGGCAAAGAGAGUGACGCCAACUCAUGGGGAGGUGAGGGCUGGCAGGGCGGGCCCCCCUCCUCCACUCAGAGGCCCCACGGGGGCUCCGGCCGUCCCGGGCGUCCCCGGGUCUGGUCCUUCGUCCUGGUUGGACGUGACCAGUCGCAAAGGAAGGUGGGACACUCGUGGUCUCGUGCAUGUUUCUCACCAACUGCCCCCCAUGCUGCUGCCCAGCUGGCCAGGGCCGGGGAGGCCUGCAUGUCACAGCUCCCCGCCCAAGCCCCCUUUGCACUGGGCCCUGCCCAUCCGACCCAGGAAUCAGACCAUCAUCUUGCCUGGAGCAAAAGGGACGGAAAGGGCUGGAGGGGGCAG